UACCCAAGUAACACUGAUGCAGUCGCCAUUCAGUCGCGGACGGUGCCACACGUCGCGUCCCCAAGAAAAGCUUCUCGUGAUCGAGCUUUGUCUAUAUUUUAAUGAUGUGCCAUCUGCUUCUUCGUUUUGUAUUACACUUUGAGCGUAACUGAACAAAUGCUGUGAACCUGUGCCCAACUGUUUCGACGUAUUUUGUCUCUACAUAGUGGUAGUUAACGGUUUCGGUGGUGUCGCUAUCGUUUAUUUUAACCAAGUUCGUGACAGUGUUUCAAUUCUGGGAUGUUUAUGACGCUGUAAGAUCAUCUACAAUAAUUCAGAAGCGGCUUGGCGCGGCGUAGCGGGCGGGCCGCGCCAUGGGUAACAAGUGCUGCAGCCGCCGCCAUGACCCCGACAGACCUUUGGUGUAUCCAGCGUACAAGAACGAGACUGGGUUCACCGCGUGCCCCUCCCUGGAGACGCGGUAUACGGGGGAGCCCAACAAUCGAGGCCUAUCACGCCCCCUAGCGGAUAUUGUGCGUACGCGCAACCCGGGAAAAUGUAUGACCAACGGCGGCCGACGGAUCGUGAAAGCGUUAUGCGCGUACACAGCCCGCGCGGAUUCAGACAUCUCAUUCCGAAAAGGCGACCGAAUGGAGGUCCUCAGCGACGCGGAACCAGACUGGUGGAGGGUCUUACAUCUAACGACGAGGAGAGAAGGCCUAGUUCCAGUCAAUUUUGUAGCGGAAGAAAGCUCGGUGGAGUGCGAGGAGCAGCCUACAUUUUGCAGCUGGUUCUUCCCGCACGUCUCGAGGAAAGAAGCUGAUAAACUGCUGCUAGCUGAGAGCAACCCUCGAGGGACUUUCCUCGUCAGGCCAGCCGAGCAUAACCCCCACGGAUUCAGCCUCAGUGUUAAGGAUUGGGAGGAAGGCAGAGGGUACCACGUCAAGCAUUACAAGAUCAAGCCGCUGGAUAACGGAGGGUUCUAUAUUGCGACGAAUCAAACGUUCCCUAGCUUGCCCGCGCUAGUCAUGUCUUAUACAAAGAACGCGCUAGGCCUCUGCCAUGUGCUAGCGCGAGCGUGCCCGAAGCCCGAACCCCAAAUGUGGGAUUUGGGCCCAGAACUACGCGACAAGUGGGAAAUCCCGCGAAGCGAGGUCCAGCUGUUACGGAAAUUAGGACAAGGCAAUUUCGGCGAGGUGUACUAUGGGAAGUGGCGAAACAAUAUCGAGGUCGCCGUGAAAACGUUAAGAGAAGGCACGAUGUCGACGCAGGCGUUCCUGCAAGAAGCGGCCAUCAUGAAGAAGUUCCGGCAUAAGCGGCUCGUAGCUUUGUACGCCGUCUGCUCGCAACAGGAGCCCGUGUAUAUCGUGCAGGAGUAUAUGAGCAAGGGCUCGCUAUUGGAGUUCCUGCGGAAUGGCGAGGGCAAGUUCUUGCAGUUCGAAGACCUGGUCUACAUAGCUGCGCAAGUGGCCUCAGGCAUGGAGUACCUGGAGUCCAAGCUGCUCAUCCACCGCGACCUGGCGGCGCGCAACGUGCUCAUCGGCGAGAACAACGUCGCCAAGAUCUGCGACUUCGGGCUCGCGCGCGUCAUCGAGGACAACGAGUACUGUCCUAAGCAGGGCUCCCGCUUCCCCGUCAAAUGGACCGCGCCCGAGGCCAUCAUCUACGGCCGCUUCUCCAUCAAGAGCGACGUCUGGUCCUACGGCAUCCUCCUCAUGGAACUGUUCACCUAUGGCCAGAUACCCUACCCCGGACUCCACGGCAAAGACGUCAUAGAACAAGUCGAAAGAGGCUACCGAAUGCCCAAACCGGUCGGACAUUACCUCCCAGAUGACAUCUACAGGCUUAUGCUUCAGUGCUGGGACGCCAUCCCAGAAAAACGGCCCACGUUCGAAUUCCUGAACCACUAUUUCGAAUCGUUCACAGUGACCAGUGAGAUACCGUACAGAGAAGUGCAAGACUAGUGCUGUGAUAUAGUGAAAUAGUUAAACUGAGGUCCUAGCUAAUGAACCGAGUUGUGAGUGCAUUGUGCCGGCUGAGAAAAUGGUGCGCGAGACAUUUCAGCCGUGUGAAACCGACAUUUUCUUAGUCCGUAACCAAACAUGCUUACGUUGACGCCAUGUUUGUGUUAUGUAAACAAUCAAUAAACAUUUUUAGGAUUUUUAUACUCAAAGCUGAUUGACAUAAUGAAUACAGGAAUGCGUGAGCUUCUUACAUUUUUGGUCAGCUUUACGUUUCUGAUUUGAAAUUUUGAAGCAUUGGCAAAUUACGACAUUGUUAAAACAACUAGAAAUCACUGUACAUAAAAUGAUCGAAUAUAUGAUAUCGUAGUAUGCCUAUUCUUUGAACAAAUGGCAAGAAUUUCGCCUAAGCUGAAUUAUAGCAGGAGAUGCCACAAAAUGACUUCCUAGCAUUUGACGACUUGCAAAUUUAAAUCUCGUCCUUAUUUAUUAGCGACUAGCUUUUAAGCACUAAUGUAGGUUAUUGUUUUGCAUUUUGUACAAAACAAACUUUUCACUAUGACAUAAGCAAUAAAAUUAAAAAAAUACAAAACACGAUAUUUUCAUAUUCUAAAGUGAAAUGUGAUAUUUUUUCAUCAUAAGGCCCACUGAAGUAAAAGAGAUCUCGAAUUAUAUGCUCUUUCUGUUUGUUUCUAUCAUAUUAUACACUAUAGAGAUUAUAUUUGCACAACUUUAAUGGUUUCAUAUUAUGAAGCGUACAAAUCCCGUUUACUAAGCCAUUUUAUGGUUAUAAAAUAUUCCCAUAAGGUUCCUUUGCAAUUGAAAUCUGCAAACAUGAUUGUGUUAAAAGUUUUUACAAGUUUGUAUUACUUAACAAAUCAGAAACCACUUUGUUUGAAUCAGUUUGCAAAGGGGCCAACACCCUCGUGUAAAAAGACAAAUAAAAUUAGCUUUAGGACUAUAUACCAAAGAGUUAUUUGUACAUUAAGAGCAAAUGAUAGAGUAGACGGAGCGUAUUUAAUUUCUAGCAUAGUUAUUCUUGCGACCUGUAUAAUAUUAAUUUGACCAAUAUCCCACUCUUAAUGCAUAUGGCAAAAUUGUAUUAUAUUAAAAUAUUGUUACUAAUUAUUACUAUUGGAUUCUAAUAUUGACUGAUCACCGACUUGCUGUUAAUUCUACCUGUAAUUAUUAACCUUUAUCUUGGUUAUUUCUGACGCCUAAAAGUAUUAAAUCUGCUUUAGUCAUCAUUUCUUUGAACUAGAAAUUGUAUAAAGCCAAUGAAAAUAGUGUC